CUACACCGGGGCCAAAUCGAGAAAACAGCGCAGCUCUGCCCUUUGGCCCGUCUCCAAUCUCUCUCCACCUUCGCCGUUCUCCUCGAGCCGCCGUGUGCCCUCCACCUCUCCCCCCUGCGCCUCCGCCAUGGCCCAGCACGGCUUCCUCUCCUCCCUCCGCUCCCACCUCCGGACCACGCCGCCGCCGUCUCAUGUCCAGCCCCGCCGCGGGUACCACGUCGAGCUCGGCGCACGGGAGAAAGCGCUUUUAGAGGAAGAUGUUGCUUUGAAGAGGUUCAAAUCAUACAAGAACAGUGUCAAACGGGUCUCGAAAAUCGGGAAUGUUCUCACUCUCGUUGUCUUUGCUGCCUGCAGCUAUGAGGUCGUUACACUGGCAACAAGCACCCAAUGAAGGAAAGUGCAAUCGGUGUGAGCCCCUUAGAUCUUCCAGAAAGUGAUUCAUCUCAUAAACUGGCAUUAUAUCAGUACUCGUUUUGAGCGUCCUGUCGAUCUUAUAUAUCAUGUAAAAUAAAAACAAACUAGGCUGGCCUUAUUUGCGAGUCACUUUCUAGUCUCUGCCCAUUUGUUAUUUGUACACAAAUCCCGAGGAGUCGAUCUGCUAUUGGAGGAUGUUUCAAUAGACUGUUGACCUCGGAUCUUUGAUUGGCUUGAUGUCUGAUCACUUUUUUAUGCAUCCGAUUGUGCCGUCUGGUGUUUA